AUGGCCUCUGUGCCUCCCCGGGGAGACUUCAUCGAGCAGCACUAUGUGACCCUGAAGAAGGCAAAUCCCGACUUCCCCAUCCUGAUCCGCGAGUGCUCCGGUGUCCAGCCCAAGCUCUGGGCCCGGUUCGAGUUUGGCAAGGAGAAAAGCGUGCCGCUGAACAACCUUACUGUGGAUGAAGUGGCCAAGGCCUUGGAGAACAUUGUGAAAAGCAAGGUGUGAAGACACAGUAAAUAUGCACGUGCUGAAGACUUGACUGAUGAUCUUUAAUGUAAAAUGUGUAUCUUUAACUUAUCAAUCGCAUAAAUGCAACGUGCUUACCCU